AUGGCAAGCGAUAGCUCUGAUAAAGAAGUUCUUGUUGAUAGCUCUAAUAAAGAAGUUCUUGUUGAUAGCUCUAAUAAAGGAAUUCUUGUUGAUAAGAUGGAAAGCAAUGCCCCUAUGGAAAUCGAUAUCCCUACUGAUAAGGCGGAAAGCGAUUUUUGGA